UCGUCACCAAACCAAGAGGCUUCGCAGUCAUGCUUCUUUGGCUGCCUUUUGUGGAAGCAAUGAAAACGAAUCUAAUGUCAGAGGAUGGUGGGCAUUUUUGAAUGAAGGAGACCCAGAACAAUACAGAGCUGACUAUAUUACCCUCUACAUCAAUGCCUUGAUGCCUGAAGUACUAAGAGUUUCCCACGAUCGUCUUAUAUACCUUUAUUCAAGCCAGACUAGUGGUAUCCAUUCUAAAGAACAGAACUACAUCGCACAAGAUCCUAAUGAAGAAUGGUACGGCGACAAACAUCUAUACGUUUACGACAGAGACUCCUUCGACCCCAACAUAAACGCAAUUCCCAGAUUCAUCGCCGAAUAUGGUUUGCAAUCAUAUCCAGCAAUGGUGUCGCUGAAAACCAUCACUGACAUUGAAGAAGAAUUAGUUUUUGGCAGCGACUUCCUGCAUCAAAGAGAUCACCACCCCAACGGAGAUACAGAGAUGGUCCGUCUGAUUAAUUUCCAGUUCAACAUUCCUAAAGAGGGCUCUCCAAACUAUACCAACACUAUUGUUUAUUAUUCGCAAGUAGUAGAUGGAUGGGGUAUGAGAAUAUCCACGGAACAUUACCGUAAAUUCAGGAGUAUGUAUACUGAAGACGGUAAGGGACACACCAUGGGUGCUCUUCUGUGGCAAUUGAGCGACGUGUGGGUGGGACCAUCAUGGGCUGGAAUUGAUUCUCUCGGACGUUGGAAGGUUCGUCAGUACAUGGCGAGGCACUUCUUUGCCCCAGUCAUAAUUACAGGUUUGAUUUACUCACCAAGGGAGUUAAGUAUAUAUGCCGUGUCUGAUUUGCUUGAAGAAACCUUGAAAGACCUUACUGUAACUGUCGAAGUUUACGAAUGGACUAAUUUCGUCCCAAUUGGAUCAUUUUCUAAACGUGUCGAUGUGCCGCCUUCACAAACAACAACAGUGAAAGUAUUCAACAUUGAUGAUUUCUUGGUGGAAGUAUGCGGGGGAGAUAAAGAUAAAGUUAAAAAUCUGUGCUUCUUACGUCUAACCAUGAAAGACAAAAAUGGCAAAGACGUGGCCCCCGAAAACUUCGUCUUCCCUGGUAAGAUUAAAGAUGUUUGGCUAGAAACUCCGGAUCUAAAGAUUAUUGAUGUAAAAGACUUGGGAGAUAACACAUUUGAAAUCACCCUGAAGACUGAUAAGAUUUGUUUGUUUGUGUGGCUGGAGUCGCACGAUAUCAGAGGUUUGUUUUCGGACAACGCUUUCCACAUGUACACUGAAACUAAGUCGGUUACGUUCAGGAGUAAUAAGCCGACGACCCUCGAGGAACUGAAACGUGUUCUCACUGUUACCAACAUUCGUAAUGAUGAAUUUAAAUAGAAUUAUGUUUUCUUAUAUUGAUUUUUUGUUAUUAAAUCGUAUAAAACGUA